CCGCGAUAGGAACAUUGUUAUCGCAGCCCCGUUGGAGCUCCAAGGCAAGUGAAUGCGCCAUUGUCCUUUGUGUCGCCCAUUGACGUUCUUGCGGCAGCUGCAGAGCUCCAAUUGACGCCCGCAUAGAUCAUCUCCCCCCUAAACUACACCGUUUACAGGCAUCGAUCAAGUCAUGCAUUGCGUCGCGACUCGACCAAUCACCACAUUGUGAAUCGCUUCAUCGUUGUCUGACGCAACUCGAUCGUGGAUGGAUAGCACUCCCUCGGCACACCUACACUCAACAUGUUCUCCAACGCGCUGAAGUCUUUCAGCUCCAACAUCUCAUCGAACUACCAAAUCUCUCCGCAUCCCACCGUCUACUCCGGCCCCUGGAAAAUCCACGAUGCAAAGAAAAAGUCCACGGGCACCGCGGCGUCCGUCUUCAUCUUCGAUCGGAAGGUUCUGGAACCGCGGUCCGGUGGAUUUGGGCGCUCCGGGUCGUCUUCGAAGAAGUUACAGGACGAUGUGAUUGAGCGGCUAAAACGGGAAGCUAGCAACCUAGCCCGGUUACGCCACCCUUCUAUUCUACAGGUGCUGGAGCCGGUGGAGGAGACUCGCAACGGUGGUUUGAUGUUUGCAACGGAGCAUUUGACAGCCUCGCUAUCGGGACUCCUGUUGGAUAAGAACGAGCAGGAGGGCGCAUCGGCCUCCGGUUCGCGACCCGGUCGUUACAUGGUCCAGGAGGCCGAUGGCACGCGAAGACGACGCGACCUAGAAAUUGACGAGUUGGAAAUUCAAAAGGGGUUGCUACAGGUUGCAAAGGGUCUAGAGUUCCUUCAUGAGUCUGCGGGGUUGGUGCAUGGCAACUUGAAUCCAGACGCCAUCUAUAUCAACGCCAAGUCUGAUUGGAAGAUCUCCGGUCUCGGUUUCGCUGGUCCUCCUGAUUCUUCAGAGACCCGGUCAACGCUUGCCCCGUUGGCUGUCUCCGAGGUUCUCUAUCAGGACCCCAGAUUACCUGCUUCUGUACAGCUGAAUUUGGAUUACACCUCCCCGGACUUUGCCUUGGACUCGAAUGUGUCAUCGGCUGCAGAUCUCUUCUCCUUGGGUCUGAUAAUCAUUGCUCUCUAUAACUCGCCCCAUGUCUCACCCCUCCAAACCCACGCGAAUCUGACGACGUACAAGAAGCUGUUGAGCUCUUCAGCGACUACUCCCUCACAAAGCAACAAUUUCCUUUGCUCCCAGCCCAUCCCUCGCGAUGUUCUAUCUCAUGUCUUGCCCCGGCUCAUUACCCGAAGACCUGCGCAGCGCAUGAACGCUCGGGAGUUCCAGCAGUCUCAGUAUUUUGAUAAUGUUUUGGUUUCUACUAUUCGGUUCUUGGAGACUUUGCCAACCAAGAAUGCAAAUGAGAAAUCCCAAUUCCUUCGUGGGCUACCGCGCGUGCUCCCGGACUUUCCGGUAUCCGUAUUGGAGAGGAAGUUACUGGGAGCCUUGUUGGAUGAGAUGAAAGACCGGGAACUUUUGCCAGUGAUCUUGCAGAACGUUUUCGGUAUUCUCCGACGAAUUCCUAAUGGGCGUCGCGCCUUGUCAGAGAAGAUCAUCCCCCGCCUCAAAGAGGUUUUUGGCACGGGAUCGGGCAAACCGGGAUCUCAAGAACGGGACUCUAAGAAGGAUGCAGGCCUCAUGGUCGUGUUGGAGAACAUGAAACUCAUUGCCGAUAACUGCUCGGGCAUAGAGUUCAAAGACGAUAUACUUCCUUUGAUUCGCCUGGGUAUGGACUCACCCACGCAUUCCUUGGUUGAUGCAUCUCUUAAAUGCCUCCCAAUCAUGCUUCCGGUUCUUGACUUUAGCACUGUAAAAAACGAGGUGUUCCCACCGAUUGCUAGCACUUUUAGUCGCACUAGCAGUCUUGCUAUCAAAGUUCGUGGACUGGAGGCCUUCUGUAUCCUGUGUGGCGGCUCCCCAAGUGACGCGGACAGCCUGGACGACGACCUCAACGGUACCGUUCAAACAAAACAGACCACCAAGUCAUCCAUUCUAGACAAGUACACCAUUCAAGAAAAGGUUGUGCCGUCUCUCAAGGCCAUCAAAACUAAGGAACCUUCGGUCAUGAUGGCCGCCUUGAAAGUCUUCCAACAAGUUGGAAAGGUUGCAGACACGGACUUCCUCGCUCUGGAAGUUCUGCCUGUUCUUUGGGGCUUCAGUCUGGGCCCCCUGUUGAAUCUCCAACAAUUCAAUGAAUUCAUGACCGUGAUCAAAACUCUCUCUACCAAGAUUGAAAAGGAGCAGGCAAGGAAGCUCCAAGAGCUUUCUUCCGGUGGAGAUUCUGGCGGAUUCCAAGCUCCCGCUAACAGCUUCUCGCAAUCCGCCACGGAUCUGACUUCUCCUGAUACGGACGGUGCCAGAAACAAUUUUGAGCGUCUUGUACUUGGGAAGAAUGCUGCACCUGCUAAUGGUGCAGAUACCGAUCUUUGGGGUGGUAUGGAUGCCGAACAGGCUGCACCGAAACGGCCGAGCAUGUCUCCAGCUCUUUCAUGGUCUAUGAACAAUGCAACUGGUAUCAGCCAAAGUUCAUCUAACCAACUCGGUUUCCGGUCCAUUACUCCGGAUCAGAAACUAGGUUCCUUCCCAUCUUUGGAGCCUGCACGACAAGCGUCUCCCGUGAUUCCAUCAUUCCCAACUAUGCAGCCAUCUUCGCCAACUUGGACCGGAGCAAACAGACCUAGCCAAUCUAUGGCAUCGCUGUCUGGCUUAGCCGCCAACUCUCCGAUGUCAAAGCCGACUUCAUUGUCGCAUCAGACCUCCAAUUACUCCGCCUUUUCUAUCCCGCCUCCACCAGGCGGCGUGGGUGCAGCCAAUACCAUUCGAUCACCAUCGUUGAACCUGAACACGACACCGGCGCCAUUCGCCAGCCAACCCCAACGCCAGGCCCAGGCACCCCCAAAACAAGGAUUAGACAAAUACGAAAGUUUGUUGUGAAGAAACGUUGGUGCGUGCUUGUUUUUCGAAUACCCGACGUGGCCCGUUCUUGUUUAUACCCAUUUUUUGUGCAAUUUGCUAGCAAAGCCGAGUAUAUAGAAUCAUCUCGAAAUGAAGUAGCAUAACAUUCUCUGUCCCAAACUGGCACCUUGUACAAUGGGGGUUUCGCGAGUUCGAACUGUC